AUGGACCUCCGGACCCGGCAAAAGGCGUUUGCGCAGCGCGGCCUGCAGGCGCCGCGGGAUCUGGUGGUGCUCGCGGAUGCGCAGGACGACGAAACGCGGCGCUGGGUCUACGCGACGGGCCUGGCCGCGGCCGGCGCGUCGUCGACGACGACGCGGCUCGCGCGCGCCGCGGCGGGCCUCGCGCUCGAAGGAAUGGCGAGCCCGGCAGAAAGGCAAGCACUGGAACGGUCCAUCAGGCGCCACGCCGUCUACGACCGCGCGGCGCUCGCGGAGCGCGCGCCCUACGGCCGGCCGCCGGCCCAAAAAAAGCACCCAGGAGCAUUGGGUGCCGCUCUCGCCCACAUUCCGAGGAGGACGCCGCUGACCGUCGACGCCGUCCAGCGGGCGAAGGACCGAAAGGCGCUCGCCGCCGCCUUCGCUAGAGCUGGCCUCACGAAGGCUCUUGGGGUCGUACUGGAAGGCCUGCCCUUCGCGUCGCAACUAAGACUGGAGGCCCUCGCCAGCAUACCGGAGACGGUGCACCCCGGGAGCUACGCGGCCUUAUUGCCUUCUUUAGAUGAACCGGAGACCCUAUCGAGGUACGACGACGGCCUCGACGACUUAGACGUUGACGGGGCUCUCUCAUCAUUAAAAGAGCGCGCCCUGGCCGAUAGGAAUUUACUGGAACCGCUCUGGGAGGAGAUCCAGGAUGGCGUACCUGCGGAAACGCUGGUAACGUGGUACCGCGACCGCGCCUUACAGAUGGACGACCGGUGCGGUGCCGUAGCGAACAGCGAAGCUCUACUAGCUCUAGCAAAAGACCGAUUACCAUCAGAGCACUACGCUUCAUUAUUCCUCUUGCAUCGGGACUGCUGGCAGCUCGCUCGCUUACUCGCCUUAGAUGCGUUACGAGACAGGAGGGAAUCCCUAGAAAGCUGGCGGAAGCGCUCGAGGCAGGACCAGUUAAAUGAAGCCUCAAAACAUGUGGAAAGGCCCGAGACGCUCGCGAGCUAUGCUUCGGAAGCUAUGGCGUUGCGGACGGUCCUGGGUCCUUUAGUUUGUGGGCGCUUCGCUCUAGAAGGUACAAAUGACGAAGACCCUCUGCUCUCGUCGAUCGCGGAGGUCGCGAAACGAGCCAUUCAGGAUAGAGGAGACUUCGGCGUGGCGCUGGCGGCGUGCCGCGCAUCGUCGGUUGAGAUUGGGGUCGAGGAGCGCCUCGUGCCGUCGCAGGGGCGAUUGGCGAGAUUUGUGGUCGAGGUGUCUCAACUAGCUUUAGGUCACGGCAACGCCGUGCACGUGUGUGCGCAACUACUCGCAACGCUCGCGAACAAUGACAACGACCGCGCCCUCGACGAGGACGAGGCGUUCUUUGCAAGGGAAGGUCCCAAAAUUUGGUCAGCGGUUGAUGACUUGGCGGAAAGAGUCAAGGUCUGCGAGGUGUUGCGGGACGGGUGUAAAGUGUUUGUCGAUCUUGGUAGCCUACAAUCGCGCUUACCUCGAUUAACGGAAGAGCAGCUGGAUCAGUUAGCACCUAACUCACAUGUGGACGACCUCGCGCCGAAACUACUAGAGAACGCGUGUCGGCGCUUCGUCGUGAAGUGCGUGCUCAAAGAAAGAUGUUCCGUGGAGGACGCGUUGCAAGCCUGCGACCAAGCGGGAAAACGCGGUUUAUGGAGCCCACGCGACCACAAGGCCGCUAUGCAUUGCGGGCGGGCCGCCGCCCUGUUCCGGUGUGCGCUCACUUCCUCAAUGGAAGACGCGGAAGAUACUUUGAAAAUACUAGAGAACUGCGCGGACAAACAUCCACAAUGGCUGGUGGACGCGGCGUCGCGAGGCGCGCGGCGGCGAUUGUACCAAGCGUCAAGUGGAUACGUCUACGAGGCAUCAUUAGCCGCGGACGCGGUGUUGCGGGUCGUGGCCGACUUCUGUAGGAAGCGCGGGACGCCCUCCUUCGACGGCGGCUUCUCGAGUUUCGACGGGGCGAAGGGGAGUAACAACGAGUGGAGCGAAGCGGCCAAAUCCAUUACGACGACGCGGAGGUCCUGCAGAGGUGUAGCGCUACUAUCCAUGGUGGGCGGUCUGGACGGGAAUGUAGUACUGGAUGCGAUCCAGGACGUCGCAGAAGCGAGUGAGGAGGCGCGCGCGGCGCAGGUGGCCGCGAAAGCGUCUUCAGUGGCAUUAACGGGCCACGUGUGUACGGAGUUCGGUGCACUGAAUGACCUGCUGGACGACGAGGACGCGGACGUAUUAGACGACCUCGAGAUCUUUUUUGGGGAGAACGACGCAGCGGAGAACGAGGUCGUGGUCCGGGGGGCGCGGCUCGUGGCCGAGACGACGUCCGGUGCGGCCGCGGUCGCGGCGUCGGCGGCCGCGCGCCUCGAGCUGUUCGAAAGCGCCUUGGCCAAGGGCAACCACGAGCGGGCUUUGCAGCACGCGCGACGAGUUGUGAGAGCUGCGUCCUGUGUAGAUGCGGCCGACGAUAACGACGCCGAGCGGGAGAGCUGUCGGGACGUCGUUUGUGCUCUAGCGGUCGAUGGUGCUAUCCAAUUGGGGAGGUUACCCGCGUCGUCGGACCGCGACCAGUUACUGAGGACCGCGCUGCGACUGCCCGCGGGUCGCAAGGCCGCGCAGUUGGUUGAGGUGGUCGCGUCACUGACGACCACGGAUCCGUGCGAUGCGUUGGAGGCGGCCGAGGCCUGCCUGACCGAAGCGGCGAGCAACGAAAAUGAACGGAGCUGUUUGCUAGAUGCAGCCUGCGCGCACCUGCUGGAAUCUACAAAAGAGGCCGACAUUCGCAAGGCGACGGAUGCCCUCGCAAAACUGGAUGGUGAAUUGAGACGCAAGCACCCCGUGACCUCGAAACCAAGGCGGGAAAUGGUAGAUGAAUUGGUCGCGCUCGGCUUUGAGGAGAACGUGGCUCUCAAAGCGUGCCGUAUGACGGACAACGGCGCGCUCGAGGCGCGCGUCGCCUUUUGCCUGGAGCAGGCGGGGAAGGAGACGCCUCCGGAAGCUGAUGUGACGGGAGACGCGUCGUGCGCGCGGCGCGCGGCGGCGUUCUACCUGGCGACGUGCGCGGACCGGGACGUUAAGCUUAAGGAGCUCUGCGCCGCCUCCCGAAGAAUGCUUGCGGAGCGGCAGAAGGACGCCGAGGAAGCAUUGGCGCUGCAGCGGGCGCUCGCGCCCGCGACGCCCGCCAAGCCGCCGCCUCCACCAAAGCCUGCGUCGCCGCCGAAGUCGAUCCGGGGCGCGCUCGCGCGCGUGCUCGCGCCGGAGCCGGAACCGGCGUUGAGCGGCGCGCUCGCGCACCUCAAACCUGACGAACCUGUUGUCGAGGACGUGACCGAUGAAGCGGAAGCUAGACGGGCCGAAGAACACAGCGCGUUAAAUGUUGAUCUGACACGGUUCGAGCGCGAGGAUGUUUAUAGAGGCGAAGCCCUGGUCAAGGCGGCGAAGUCGGCGAACGGCGCAGCGUUUCGGGCGGCGCUGCGGGCGGCGGCGCGGCGGCCGAUCACGGGCGGGACUGAUAAAUUAAGGGAGGCGAGCUCACCAUUAGGACUCGCGACGGCGCACCUGACGCGCUGGUUCGACGACAAGGAGCUGCGAUCUCCCAGUGGCGAGGUGGACAAGCUCACGCAGCUGCUGUACGAUGAAGAAAGUUCCGUGAACGAAGCUUUGAAGGUGCUGAAGGAGCAUUCGACGCUCGAAGCUUGGUUAAUGGAAAGAUAUAAGGACGAGACGGACGCGCCGGCGCUGGCGCUGGUCUGCGGCCUCGCGAGCGAGCAUUGUGAGGGCGCGUUCGCGGACCAAUGUAGAACGCAGGCGCCCAUCCUGAAGCGGUACGCAAAAUGUAUCCGACCUCUCAACACAAGCGUCGCCUGCAAACCUCUCAUAGGUGAAAUCGUCGCGAGUCGACCUUCUGUCUUAGAGGAGGCCGACGACCCGCCCCGCAACCCGCCGGCGCCCGGCGCGCGCGUCGCUUCUAAUGAAGACAUCAAGCGGGACCGGGCCGUGUUUCUGUUGCGGCGCGUCGCGAAUUAUAGGACCGCGGCGGCGCUCGCGACGUUUUCGACGAAAGGCUUCGACGCUUCGCUCAACCUUGGACCAGCAGAAGUCUACGCGGCCGCGGCGCGGCGCGAGCUCUUCGACGCCAUCGCGGCCGACGAUAUGGCGAAGAAGCACGCGGUGCAGCGCGUCUCUCCCCUCUUACAACGCUGCGCCAAGGCGUCUCCCGAGGUCGCCUCAAAAGAACUCGGGAGCUGCGUCUUUGAAAGUGUAGGCGGGCCCUCGACGCAACACUUACAGAUGGUCGUCACGGCCGUCCAGUGCGACGCCCUCGCGGCAUCGUUGACCACGCUCCAGAGGGGCCUCGAGGCCGUCGAGGCGGCGAUCCCGUUUUCGUGCGAUCGAGAAGCGUUAAAUGCGGCGAAACUAGCUUAUCAGAGAGACGAGACGGUCGUCGACGCCGCGAUCGAGCUGGCGCAGUGCCUCGCGGGGCAGGGCGCUUCGGCCUCGGUCGUGCGGAGCGCGUUUUUGCUGGUCACGGACGUCGCCGGGCUGGACGCGUCGGAGGCCGCGAACGACGCGGCCGACGACGCCUGUGCCGUCGCGUUCGGCACGGCCUGCCAGACGUUGGUGAUUGAACCGCUCUUCAACGGGACCGAGGCGCCGUCAUCAGAGGACGUGGACCGCGGCAUCGCGAUCGCGGCCCGCCUCGUCGAGAACGCUUCUUCCCAUAACCACAGCGCUGUACUCCUCGCCUCGAAGCUCAAGGGCGUCGAGGGCUACUGGCGCGGGCUCUGCGGCGCCUCGAUCAAAAUGCAGCGGCCGCCGCCCGAGGCCACGCCCGACCGUUUGCGGGCCAUCGGCGCCCUCACGAAACUUAGUGGUGGGCAAGAGACCGACUCAUUCAUGGAGGUCGCCGAGGUCGUGGCGCGCGUCCUCGGCGCGGACCGAGCAGCAUCCCUGGAGCGGGGCUUCGCGCCGCACGACCUGGUGCGCGAUUUCGUGAAGGCGCGGGACGCCCUGGCCGUGCGCGAGCUUUGCGCGCUGGUGUUCCCGGGAGGCAGCUCCAGAAAUUUGUGCCUCGCUACGUUGAGAGGAGACGGCGGCGGCGAGGCGGAGCCGGGCGGGCCGACGUGGCUCGCGGCGCUGGACGCGGCGGACGACGAAUUUUUGAGGGAGCUCGUCGUGCACGGGCCGCCGCCGCAUUGUACGCCGUCGGAAGAAGCCGAGGCGGCGUUCUACGAUGGGUUGGGCGAGGCGACGCGGCCCCUGGUGGGCCUCCGCGCGGCGCACCCGGCGCUGCGCCUGCGCGCCGCGCGUGACGCCGCCGCCCUGAAGCUCGACGUCGGUGACGCGCUCGUCGAAAGCGGCGCCCUGCUGGCGGCGCUCGAGGCCGACGCGGCGUGGGCGCGCGCGUGUUGCGUCGCGCGCGCGUCGCCCGUCGCCGUCGCCCAGCUGCUGGUGUGCGGCCGCGCGCGGCGGUGCCACGCGGACUUCCUCGCGGCGGCGCGGUGCGCUUCUGUGAAAGCGCCGGCCGUGCUGCGGGGCGGGUUCGACCUCUGUCGGCUGGCGCUCGAGGACGCGUCGCUGGACCCGACGCUCCGGAAGGAGGCGGUCGCGGCGCUCGGCGGGUACCUGGGCGAGGACGUGGCGCCUGAGCCAGCCGAGUCGGUGGGCGAGGAAGCGGCGACCACCGAGCCUGCCGAGGAGGAGGACGAGCUGGAGCUGGACGAGACGUGGGGCGGCGCUCCGGGCGAGGACGGUCCCGCGGGCGAAGCGGAGCCCGAGUCAGACCUGGAGCUGGACGAGACGUGGGGCGGCGCUCCGGGCGAGGACGGUCCCUCGGGCGAAGCAGAGCCCGAGUCAGACCUGGAGCUGGACGAGACGUGGGGGGGCGAAGACGCUGCGCCCGAGCCCGCCGAGGAGGAAGACGACCUGGAUCUGACUGAGGAAUGGGGCGCAUGA